AUGUCGUCCACAAAUUUUUUGAGCCGAGGUUCUAAGCCAGCUUUCAUUCGAUUUUUGAUUUUUGGGAUUACACUUCAAGCGGUGCUUCUAGUUUUGAUCUACAAAAAUUCCAGGCCGUCGAGAUAUUCACUGCCUUAUAAUCAACCGAUAACCUUAAAUAUUUCAUGUGAUCUACUGAACAAAUGGGAUCCCAAAAUUCCAGUAUUAUUAAUCGAUUUGGAUUUUUUGGAAAACUUGAAAACGGAGAAUUGUCGAUGGGAUGAGACAAAGAGGGUAAAGAUUGGAGUCCACGUGAAGGACAAGAAUGGAUCGAUCAUUGACACCAAUCGAUUCAAUGUUGUGUUCUAUGCUAGUCCGGAUAACAAAGACUUUUUGGAAUUUUAUGAAGAUGGGAAGAGGAUUAUUCCAAAAAGAUUCGAGACCCGUCAGAUAGGAAACUUCAAAGUUCCUGCAAAUAUUCAAAGAUUUAUUGAAUUCUACAAACGAUCCAAGUUUGUGGAGUGUCUUGGUCUCGAGAUGAAUAGGGAUAAGUCAGAGGAAGCCUACCAAAACGGUCCAGAGUCCGCCGGUAUCCUCGCUCGUUUCCGAGAUGAACUAAUGGAUAUGGGAAUGUACCCCUAUUUGAACGGCGGGACACUCCUUGGAUGGUAUAGAGAAUGUACAGUAAUCCCACAUACCUAUGAUUUGGAUUUCUCAGUAUUCAAGGAGAACUACAAACCGGAGUACGCGGAAAAAGUUUUGAGAGGAGAGACUGAUUUCAUCUUGCGUAGAAAGUUUGGAAUGCUCGAAGACUCCCACGAGAUCACAGUAGUUUCGAAGGAAGAAGGGCGGCCAGCAAUUGAUUUAUUUGUGAUGUAUGACUAUGUGGAGGAUGGAAAAGUGAUCUACCGUUAUAUUCCAGGGCUAAAUGGUGACGGCACAAAGUACAGAUUCACCCAUCUCCUUCUAGAACCCUCCUGCGCCGCUGAAAUGCAUGGUCAUCUAUUUUGGAUUCUUUGUAAUCCGAUAGAACAGUUGAAACACGAAUACGGACCACUUUGGUACUUGGAUCAUCCAACUGGCAAAUAUUACUGGAAUAGUUCUGGGAAGAAUGUCAAGAGAGUUGGAAAAUUCAGCAACGAGGAGAUGAAGAAGUAUUAUUUGGAAUAUAAAUAG